AACCACAGUGAAAACGACAAAGAAAACCAUUGGGUGGCCGCUGAUGGGCAAUUUCACCCCCACCCAUUUUCUCCGGCCGUACCCUUCUUCACACACUUCUUUCUUUUCCAGCAUUUUCUUCUUCCACCUCGUGUUUAUAAAUCCAAAAUAAACCCAAAUUCAAUCUAGAGAGAGAAUCUUGAAAGAGAGAGAAAGAACUGUCUGUUUGUGUGAUUCUUGGUUUUGCUUGGUCAUGGCGGACAUGAGUAUCACUGGGAGCUUGUAAUUGGAAAAAGAAGAAAACGCUUUUCUUUUGCUUCUGGGAUUUUUUCUUUCUACAGCAUUUGACAAUGGCGGUUGCGUAUUUUAGCAGAAGCAGGAAGAGAAUUGUGUUCUUGUUCAUCUUCUUCAUCGUCUGCGGUCUGAUCUCGCUAUCUUGCGCUGCUAGGCAGCCAAAAGCUUCCAGGCAAAAGCUUCAAGUUCAUAAGCACUUAAAGCGCCUCAACAAAGCCCCUGUGAAGACCAUUCAGAGCCCAGAUGGGGAUAUGAUUGACUGUGUACACAUCUCUCACCAGCCAGCUUUUGAUCACCCCUUCCUCAAAGACCACAAAAUCCAGAUGAGGCCUAACUAUCAUCCAGAAGGGAUUUAUGAUGAGAACAAAGUGAACACAGAGUCCAACAAAAGAGAAAAUACGAUCAACCAGCUGUGGCACGUGAAUGGCAUGUGUCCUGAAGAUACAAUACCCAUAAGGAGAACAAAAGAAGAUGAUGUUUUGAGAGCAAGCUCUGUUAAAAGAUAUGGGAAGAAGAAACAUACAAGCAUUCCUGUGCCAAGGAGCAUUCCUAAGUCUGCAGAUCCUGAUCUUGUGAAUGAAAGUGGACAUCAGCAUGCAAUAGCUUAUGUGGAAGGAGACAAAUUCUAUGGAGCAAAAGCAACCAUGAAUGUUUGGGAACCAAAAAUACAGCAACCAAAUGAGUUUAGUUUGUCUCAAAUCUGGAUUUUGGGUGGUUCUUUUGGUGAAGAUCUCAACAGCAUUGAAGCUGGCUGGCAGGUGAGUCCAGACCUUUAUGGUGAUAAUAACACAAGACUCUUUACUUACUGGACUAGUGAUGCAUAUCAAGCAACAGGUUGCUACAAUCUACUAUGCUCAGGUUUCAUCCAAAUCAACAACAACAUAGCAAUGGGUGCAAGCAUCUCCCCUGUUUCUGCAUAUAGGAAUUCACAAUAUGAUAUCAGUAUUCUUGUCUGGAAGGAUCAAAAGGAAGGAAAUUGGUGGAUGCAAUUUGGAAAUGGAUAUGUGUUGGGAUACUGGCCAUCUUUCUUAUUCUCAUACUUGGCUGAUAGUGCUACGAUGAUCGAGUGGGGAGGUGAAGUGGUGAACUCCGAGCCCGAUGGGCAGCACACUUCGACCCAAAUGGGCAGCGGGCGGUUCCCAGAAGAAGGGUUUGGGAAAGCCAGCUAUUUCAGGAACAUUCAAGUUGUUGAUAAAGAAAAUAAUCUGAAAGCUCCCAAAGACAUUGGCACUUUCACAGAGCAAUCCAACUGUUAUGAUGUCCAAACUGGGAGCAAUAGUGAUUGGGGUCACUACUUUUACUAUGGAGGCCCUGGUAAAAACCCAAAUUGCGCUUAACCCCCUUCUUACCCUAAAUUCUGAAAUCUACCUAAUGUUAUAUAAUUUUCUUUUUCUUGGGUCAAUUUGUAGGGUUUAGUUGGUACAUGUGACCUUUUCUGUGGUAGGAAGUUUUGGGUCUUUUUUUUCUUGUUUUUUUUUUGUGGGUUGAAUUUGGAAAGUUCUCUCUUGAUUUUAAGUGAAUGGAGGGGGAUGUAUGUGGCAAAGUUUGUCAAAAGUAUGAGUUUUGCUGUUUUC